CCCUGCUAUACAGCAGUAUAGGAAAGUUUAUAUCUUUACUAUGACGUCACAAGCAACAAUGCUGCAAUCGACAAUGAGCUCUUUCGAUGAUAUGACGUUUUCAAGUGCCGCCUCUUAUUUUAACUUCUCGGAUUUAAACACAACGAUGGUUGCAACUCGACAACCAUACGUUCGUCCCUUCGGUACAGCGGGUAUCAUCACAUCGGCAGUCAUCUUAUUCACAUGCCUUGUGAUUGGAGUGAUCGGAAAUGUUCUUACAAUAGUUGUCAUUUUAACCAAUCAAAAACUCAGGAACCUCUUCAUGUAUUUCAUCGUGUCCUUGUGUGUAUCGGAUCUAACCUCGGCUCUGAUUAGCUGGCUCUUCCUGUACAGGAGAACAUGGGGGUUCGAUGUUUGGGACCCGAUACCCGGUAUAUUUUGCAAGUUCUACUGGGCUGCUGACGUCAUGACAAAUUACGUCACAGCUUCUCAUAUUUUCUCCUUUGCGCUGAUUCGCUACAUUUCUAUACAAUUUCCGAUCCGCUUCUCAAAAAUCAAGUUGAUCCACGGAAAGAUCUGGAUCGCACUGAUAUGGUUUGUUUGUUUCUGCGUUGGUUUCAUUCCAUGGUUCAUUUUCUUCGGAGCUCGAAUACGUGAUCGUUACAGCGACUCUCCAGAUGCAAGAUGGCCAGCAUGUACCAUCAACAUGGAAUGGUAUGACCAGUAUACAUUAGCCACGAAAGUUUGUUACUCGAUUUUUCUGUACGCCCCUUCUGUGGGUGUGGUUUUCCUUUCCAUUCUGAUUGGCAUUACAGUCAAGUCCCGUCCCUCUAUGUCGUCACAGGAAGAUGGCAAGCGAAAGCAAAAAGAGAAACAGGCUGUGCUUCAACUGGUUUUGAUCGUUGUUUCAUUUUUGAUCGGUUAUGUUCCCUUCACAGCUUAUGAAUUCUGGUCCACACAGCCUCGACCCAACACAAUGUAUUACAAAUCAUUCGACUACUGGUUCGGAAUGUCCGAGUAUUUCUGUAUCCGAAUAUCGGAAUGCCUCAACCCUAUAUUCUAUAACCUAGGAUCAGCUAAGAUGAGAAAAUGUACUGCAGGUCUACUGCGUAAAAUGUUCGGCUGUAAACGCCAAAGAAAAGUAGCACACGUGUCGUCUUCUCACGGCACACAAAACUUUGGUGUUUGAUUUUUAACGGAAUUAUGCCCCGAAGUUACCGUGCUGCAUGAAAUAAUGGCAAUUUGGUUCGGCUACCAACUUUGAUCGUUUAUAGAUAGCAUUUCAGUAAGCGUGGCUGUAACUCGGUAACAUUUGUUGUAACUCGGUAACAGCAUAUACGGAAAACGAUAUAGCGAAGGUCAUAUUUAAAAAUCGUGGGUAUCAUCACACGAGUUCCCGUCAUAAAAUACCUCCAAAUGGCCUUGGCUAAACUACACGUUGUCAAAAUAAUCAUACACGGUUUUAAAACACUUUUUUAUUUAUAUUGUUUAAUAUAUAGUAGGAUGGAAAAAGAUGGGAUAUCUUUAGCACAUAGUAUUCAAGUAUUCUGACUCUGUUUUAAACAAUUAAAACAAAUAAAGUCUAUGCGAGUCGGAAGAUCACAGUUUUAUAAAUCAAAAGGUAAAAAGGUGUCCCAUCCUCCCCCACCCUACUCUAUAGCUAGAAAAACAUUAUUGUGCAGUAACUAUCGAGGGAACUGUCACAUAACUGUUCAUCCAAGCUCAUAUAUAUAUAUAUUUAUUUAAGCUUUCAUAUAUAUAUAUAAUUAUAUGUGAUUUCGAAUAUUUUAAAGUAGUUUUCGAUAUUAAAGUAAUUUUUAACGAGUUUCCAGAACCAAUUGUAACAUUGGAUUUUGUAAACAAUGGCUGUACAGACACGCAGCAUCAUCUUUCCACGGUUACGCUGGAGCUCAUUACAUUCCUAAUUAUUAUAUUUUUAUGUGUUAUAUUAUAGAACGUUUCACUAUAUAUGUUUCAUGUUACUUUUUCAGUUAAGCAUUAAAACUUUGUGACUAAAUAUUUGUGUACAGUAUUUUUGCCACUUUAAUAUAAAUGUAUUUGACUUAAUAAAUGCUAUUUAUGAUAAA